CGCAUUUUCAAAACAAAAAUUUUGUGUUCACAGUACCAAAAAAUGAUUUCUCACGUAACAGUAUUGGCUGUCUUACUGGUAGCAGCAACACACUGUGCAGCUGUAGAAUACGGAUUAGGACUAGGAGGACUUGGAGGAGGAUUGGGAGGAGGACUAGGAGGUCUCGAAUUGGGAGGCAUCGCUUUGAAAUCCGUACCAAUUCCGUACCAAUCCGUACCAAUUGCGAAAGCUGAAGUUAUCGACUCAUACUCUGUGCCAAAAUACGAGUUUAAAUACGGCGUAAAAGACGCUAAAACAGGGGACAACAAAGAGCAGUCGGAGGAGCGCGUGGGCGAUGUUGUUAAGGGGAAAUACUCAUUGGUGGAGCCCGAUGGCACGAUUCGCGUGGUCGAAUAUACGGCUGAUAAAGUUAACGGAUUCAAUGCAGUGGUGAAACGAAUAGGCAAAGCGUCUCACCCUCAGGUCGUUCAAAAGCAAAUCGCUUUACCUCUCAUUUCGAAAACUUAUCUAUCUGGAGGAAUAGGAGAACUGGGAGGAAUCGGAGGACUUGGAGAAAUCGGCGGAUUAGAGGGAAGGCUUGGAAAAUAUUGAAACCUUAUUUGACUGAUGUUUUAGAG